UGCAAUUGGAUAGUAAUCGGUCCUAUUUAGGUGAAUUAGGGAUAGUAAUUAAAAACUUUUUUUUUAGGGGUAGUAAUUCACAAACGGUUUUUGAGAUAGUAAAUUAACAAAAUUUCCAAAAAAAAAAAAAAAACAAAACCCUCCGUUUUUCCCUAUUUUGAUAUUUCCUCGAUUUGAGGCUUCAGCCUUUCACUUAUAUUUUCCCUCAUAAUAUCAAGCGUACUGCCGUACUUGAAUUCCCCAUUGAAGCGGCUUCUGAGCUUUCUCGCCUCCAUUAAAGCGGCUUCUGAGGAUAGUUGAUUGAUAAUCUACUGCAUACUGCCUAUAGAAAAUGCCUAAAAAGAAGUCUUCAAAGGUGUCCAAUACUCCAAAAGAAGAACCUGAUACUCAACUAGUUAAACUAUCUGGUAACUCAAAAAAGGCCAACGAAAGUGAUAUGCCUAAAAAGAAGUCUUCAAAGGCCUCCAAUGCUCCAAAAGAACUUGAUGCUCAACAAGAAAAACCAUCUGCUGGUUUAAAAAAGGCCGACGAAAUUGAUAUUAUCUUUGCAAGCCGAAAGAGGAAGAAGGCUGAGCAAGGAAAGGCUGAAAGAACUAGCAACACAAAUGAAAAAUCGAAGAAAAUAAAGAAAAAGAUGAAGAGAAGCCUAAAAGAAAAUGAAGCUUUGAACCCUGACUCCAAGCCUAGAAGGAGAACAAAUGACGGACUUGCUAUUUACUCAGAAGAAGAGCUGAGACUUAACAGUCAAGACGGUGGUAACACUGGAGAAUGCCCUUUUGAUUGUUCUUGUUGCUUUUAAGAUCAUACUCCUAGGAAUUUAUUUAUGGUUGUUAUGCUCUUAGUAGAGAUUUUUCAAACAUGGCAGUGUGAUCCACCUUUGCAUUCUGCUUGUCAAACCCAGUAAAACUCAUUUGACAUCUGUACAGGCAAUUUUGAUGCAGUAUUGUUUUGCA